AAUGAAUAAAUUACCAAAAGAAAUUGAUCGUCGAGAAAAAUGGAUACAAAAUGCCAAGUUGGAAAAUAAAAGAACAAAACGUUAUAUAGCGUUAUGUGAAUUUCAUUUUACUUCAAAUAUGUGGGAACAGACACGCUCCGAUGGAAAAAAGAAACUUAAAUGUACAGCAAUUCCAACAAUAUUUGGAGAAUUAGUCACACAAAAAGUAAUAACCAGAGAAGCCGGAAUUAAUCGAAAUGUUGUGAAUUUAAAUAAAAUUAAAGAACAGUCGACAAUAUUAACUACAACAGAGUCUGAUGGUACUGUUACAAUUAAAAAUCUAGAAGAACAAUGUCAGUCGGUUUCUAUAGAUAUCGAACAAAGAAAAAAUACUCAAAUAAUCAAAAAAACUGAAAGUAAUCAAAAUACUAUCAAUUUAAAUAGAAUUGAAGGACAUUCUUUGGCAACAUCUAUAGAACAUAAUGAUUCUGUAACAGUAUUAAGAAAAACUCCAGAGUGCCAAUUAGAUGAUCUUUCAUCAGAUAUCAAAGAACAAAUAGCACAAUUAAGUAGUGAUGGAAAACAAAAGGAUAUAUUAAAUUCAAUACAUGAAAGCAAUUUGGAUAAACAAAAUUUACUAUACGUGGAAAAAAUCAAUAAGUUAGAGAAGCUGCUUCAACGAUCUGAAUCGCUACGGAUAAUAAUGAAAAAGAGGCAUAAAGGCUUGCAAAACAAAUACAAAAAGAGAAUUAAAGAUUUAGAAAAAAAAGUAGGCAUAAACGAAAAUUUUGCUAAAACUAUUCAGCAAUUAUUGCAUAAAGAUCAGAUACAACUAUUAAAUAUAAGUAAAAAGAAUAAGUAAAUAUAAAUCUGAAAAAUUUGCGCUGCAAACUCAGCAAAUUAAAAAAAAAUAAAACUAAUAGUGAGCAUACUCUUCUGUGUGAUAGGACUUGACAUCUAUGUGAUAUAAUUUUAUUUUUGAAAAUCACAUAAACACUUUUUUAUUAACAUUUUUUUAAUUAUAUUGUAAUACCAAGUAAUCGGAACUUCUUGGUCAUGGGAUAUUUUCCAUUUCAUAUUAAUUACUUUUGAAAACUUAAUGUAAUCGGAAAGGCUCAGUUUUGUGCUUUUAUUUCUAUUAAUUACUGGCUACGGCAGCAAAUUACAAAAAUUUUUAAAAUCUUAUUAUAUAUAAAUCUUAAGAAAGUUAAACCAUAUACAUUUGCUUAACAUUGAAAUAUAAUAUCGUCCAGUAAAUAAAAUUUAAAAUGUGUAAAUAAAAUGUAGAUGAGAAAUAUAUAAAUGCUUAAUACUGCGAUAAAAGUAUCGCAAAUGUUAAACCUCAGGGUCGGAGCCAUGUGGAACACUACAAUGUUCAACCAUCCCAUAUUAUACAUUAUUCCCUACGAAUGACAAUGGGAUACCUGCAGUGGACUAGUGCAGCUUGGUGGAGACGGAUGACAUACAAAGGUAUUAUAAGUUUAAAUGACUUCUUAUGGAUUCAAGAAAGUUAUUGACAAGUUUUAAUAGAUCUGUAGAACCGACAUUACAAUUUAAAGGUUAAAUAACGAAUAAAAAUCUGAUUAAUUUUUCAAACUUGUUUUUUUUUGCGUGUGAUUUACAUUAUUAAUUUCCUCUUAUAUACAAGAUUACAGUUCGUUAAGUUCAUAGACAUUGAUUUAGUCAUUUCGUAUAGUACGUUCAAUCGUUUAUAUUAGAAUCGUGUAACUUUCUGGUUAAGUUGUCUGUAAUGAAAUUUCCUGUUUAUUGAAAUGCCUAGUCGUACGUUAAUUCCUACGCCCGCGCAAUUCCACUGAAACGUCGCAUCGGUCGUGCAUCUCGUCGUGACCAUGCGAUCAAUCGUUGCCACGAAUUAUUCAAUGUUAUCGUUAUCAUAAAUCCGCCGGGUGUCCUGUUCACGCUCGCGUUCUGUGACCACCGGAAUGAUCCUGAUAAAUUAUCAUGCCAGAGAGGGGAGGGUGCACCCAGCAAUGCUGACGGCUGCAGGAGACGCGUUUAAAUUUUUGUAUGCGUGUGUGUAUUAAAGCUAUGAAAUGCGUAAACCAACAGAAAUACUUGUAUAUUUGAUUUGCGUUGUUCCAAUAUUAUACUCGAAUGUUAUACGAUAUAAUUUGCACAUCCCAUGGAUCAGUUGUCCAAAGAUUUCUGAUAAAAACAUGUAUUCGCUUACACCAGAGAGAUAUUUAGUCUAUAUAUUAUAACGUUAUUUAUAUUUUUACGAAAGAAUCAUACAUAAAUUUUAUUUCGGUAUUCCAUAAACACAAAACAUUUUAUAUUUUAAGUUAUAAUACGAAAAAAAAUUCAAGAAUGGUGAUAAUUCUUAUCGCGUCACGACUCAACAGAAAUGUAAAAACAUUAUGAUUAGCGAAUGCUAAGGCGACACACAAUUUCGCAAUUUAGUUUAACAUACUGUCCACUUCGUACAGGUAGUUUAUAUUUUGGUAUUUAUUGUCUUAUUUAAUACAAAAGCAAAGAGUAACUUACAAUAUUCCACAAUUAAUAUUUCAAUAAAUUCAGAUCAAAUAACUCCAUCUAUAUAUAUAUAACUGCAUCCGAGAUAUUAAUUAUGCGUCUCAUUGUUUUGUCACUCAUAAUUUAUCUAUUAUUGCGUGUAUCAGGGUUAAUACAUGUAAACGUAGGCAAUAAUCCAAUUUAUAUGUCGCCGCUACUUAGUUUAUAAAUAUAUGCAAUUAACGUGUUGUUUAAUAUCAUUUAAUUAUUUUCAUAUACGUAUUCAAUUUAUUGUCGAUCAGUAUUAUGACGUUGUUAUCAAAUUUUUUUUAUUUAAUUGAUGUAAAUGAGAAGAUAAUUUGCGAAAUGUAAUCUACACAGUUGGAAAAUUUCUAUUAAAUUUAACGUAUCUCUCAAUUUAACUUAUAUCUCAAGAUGAAUAUGUCAAAAAACAAUAUAAAUGUCAUACAAAUAAUUAACACAGAAAAUGUAACACUUCGACGCAAUUUGGAAAUAGAGUGUUGAAACAUAUUUCUUCCGUAAAAUUAACGUUUAUAAUAUGUUGAUACGUAU